GGAAUUGGGUUAAUUUAGCUCUGGGUAUCAAAUAUUUAUUUUAGUUCUACACUUCUCUUUGCCAUAUGUUUCUUAUUUUAUCAAAUACUUCUCAACUUCUUUCUAUGUUUUUUUUUAACUUGAUUUAUUGCUCAUUUCAUAUAUUCAGGCUUACCAAUGAUUCCCCUCAAAGACAUAGUCCCUGCCGCCACCAACACAAUAAACACAAAGUUCAUACUCCUUGAUAAGGGAAAUGUCGGUCAGGACGGGAAGGAGACGACUUGCCUUGCUCUCGUUGCCGACGAGACCGCUUCACUUCACUUUCAACUAUGGGGAGACGAGUGCUGUUUUUUCGAGCCCGGCGACAUAAUCCGACUCACCAAUGGCAUAUUCUCAUACCACAAGGGCAACCUUGUGUUGAGAGCUGGGAAGAAAGGGAAGACUGAGAAGACUGGGGAGUUUAAUAUGGUGUUUGUUGAGACUCCUAACAUGAGUGAGAUCAAAUGGGGCAUUGAUCCCAACAAUCCCAGAAAGUUUGUGCAGGAAUCUGUCAUCUCACCUCACUCCACAAUCUUCCCACCAUUGCCAUAAUUCUUUGCAUUUACAUAUCUAGCUCCCUAAACUUUGCUUCUUACAUUUAUGCCACCCAAAUCUUAUAGAUGACAUUAAAAACACCAUCAUUUUAACUUUUAGAGAGUAAAAUACACAUUUUCUUACUAGGUGAGGUGGCAGGUAUGUAAAAAAUGGAAGGUUUGGUGUUACAUAUGUAAAUACAUACGAUUUGUGUGGUGUUUAUUUAAAUUUUCGUUGUUUUUAUGGAUCAA